GUGGAUCUACCGGUACGAGACAAUUUUCAUGUGCAUUUGGAGAUGAGUUCUAGAAGUUCCCUCGGGCUUAUCUUGAAUUCCUGCUUCAAGCACAUCAUCGCAAAGUACAACUUCUGCAUGGGUCUUCAUCGACGCUUUUGUGGCUAACUCAUUGAACCCAAAGAUUUACACAAAUUAACCAUUUUGAUCAUUCUUCAUUCACCAACUUUCUCCGACAUUAGGGUCGAGUCUUCAACGUCGACACCCAUCACCUCCCCAUUUUUAUGUGUUGAACAUCUUUCUCUAACAAACUGAGUUUCAUUUUUAUUCCUCGGUUGGCUUCCUCUAAACUUUGUUCCAACACUAUGAGAGCCUGGUUACAUUACACCCUAUCACCCUGGCUGUAAAAGAUUACACCGUCUCCGAUUUCAUAUAAUUUUAAGUGAAAAAUUGAAUUACAUAAUGCAUUGCAUGUUUCUUAGCACUAUUAAGUAGUUAUUGGGGAUGCCCUCAAAAUCUUUGCAGAUAUGAUUUCUUUACUUUGCAUUCAUGUGAACUUACCACCGAUAAAGGGGAAACUUUUUGCUUUACUUUUCUGUCAUUCUGUUACAUAUUAGCAUGAAGUUUUGUUACAUACUUCUUUACAGCAGUAAAUCUUCUGUUUUUCUCUUCUUUACUUUAGUGUUAAAUCACGUCCCUUCUUCACUUGUGCUGGUUCUAUAUUUUAGGUGUGUAUAAUUGAAUCACCCUAAUGAAUCAUUAUUCACUGGGAGAUGGGGAAAAAGCACAUUUUUCUAAGUGAAAAGUUGGAAGUAUUACGAGCACGACUGCUUUUAGGCUUUACACGUUUCAAUAUUUCUUUGAAUUAUUAACUACAAUCGAACAUUUGGCUUAGAUUUAUCUGCAAAUCUGCUCCAGUGAGGAAUGUGAAAAUAAAUAUUUGGACAACAUGCUUUCCAGUUUUUCCUUUGUUUAACUUAUUCUUCUUUAAACAUCCUCUGCAGACUUGCAGUUAAAAUCGUGGAAAAAAUGAUCCUGACUUCACUCACAUGACAUGUCCUAACACCAUUGGACAUUUUUCCCCCGAACAUGUUAACUGAAUAUUAAUGUAAUCAAAACACCCAUGUGACCACGGGAAUUUCUGUUAUUAAUACUCUCCUGUCUGACUGCGUGUCCUUGAUUUUGGGCAAUGGAACCUUGAAUUGAAAAGGCUAUCUUCAUUUCAAUAAAGUAAUGCUUGAAAAACAUAGUGGAAACGAGAAAAAUUUAUGAGCCAACGCCAAGCACCUGUUACAGGAUGUGCACUUAAUUAUUGUUUUAACUUGUACUAUAGCUUUUAAUUUACUAAGUUGUAAUAGGUCACCUUAAAAAAAUAAAAAAAAAGAGAAUGCAGCGGUAACUUGUAACCAAGCAAGGAGGUGACGGAGGCGGCUUUUACUAUAUAAAUAACGAAGGGGGUGUAGUCUGCCCUCAACUGCGGCUUGCAGGUUGGUUGUUGGUUGGUUAGUUGGUUGGGGUUGUGUACUUUUGGGGCAGCCUAAAAAAAAUGGGUCUCUCACCUUCCCCCUUCUCUCUGAUAGUCCUGCUUGCUUGUUUCGCUGGUUCUGUCCUGCAGGGUGAUGGUUUUCCUUUCCAUCACAACAGCCCUUUUCACCACCACCACCACCCUCGUUUUGCCAAGCACAACUACAGAGAUGCUCUUACCAAAUCAAUCAUCUUUUUUGAAGGUCAGAGGUCAGGGAGGCUUCCUUCUAACCAGAGGAUUACUUGGAGGAGGGAUUCUGGCCUCUCAGAUGGUGCAGCCAUGCAUGUUGAUUUGGUUGGAGGAUACUAUGAUGCUGGGGACAAUGUGAAGUUCGGGUUCCCCAUGGCCUUCACCACCACCAUGCUCUCGUGGAGUGUAAUUGAAUUUGGUGGGUUGAUGAAAGGAGAGAUACAAAAUGCCAAACAAGCCAUUCGUUGGGCUACUGAUUACCUGCUCAAAGCAACUGCACAUCCAGGCACCAUUUAUGUUCAGGUUGGUGAUGCAAACAAGGACCAUUCUUGCUGGGAAAGACCAGAAGACAUGGACACUCCAAGGAGUGUUUUCAAAAUAGACAAAAACACCCCUGGUUCUGAUGUAGCAGGAGAAACUGCUGCCGCACUUGCGGCUGCCUCAUUGGUCUUUAGAAGAAUUGACCCCGCUUACUCCAAGCUUUUGGUCACGAGGGCUAUCAGGGUGUUUGAGUUUGCUGAUAAGUACAGAGGGGCCUACAGCAACGGGCUGAAGAGAGCUGUGUGCCCAUUCUAUUGCUCUUACUCUGGUUAUCAGGAUGAACUGUUGUGGGGUGCUGCUUGGCUGCACAGAGCCACCAAGAACCCAAUCUACCUAAAGUAUAUUCAAGUCAAUGGGCAGAUCCUUGGAGCUGCGGAGUUUGACAACACCUUUGGAUGGGAUAACAAACAUGUUGGAGCAAGAAUUCUUCUCUCUAAGGCAUUUCUUGUUCAAAGACUGCAAUCUCUCCAUGAAUACAAGGGCCACGCAGAUAAUUUUAUUUGCUCUCUCAUACCAGGAGCCCCAUUUUCUUCAGCUCAAUACACCCCAGGUGGGCUUCUGUUUAAGAUGAAUGAUAGCAACAUGCAGUAUGUGACCUCUUCUUCAUUCCUGCUCCUAACCUACGCUAAGUACUUAACUUCUGCCCACCAGGUUGUUAACUGCGGUGGCACCACGGUUACCCCAAAAAGGCUCCGAAUCAUUGCCAAGAAACAGGUGGACUAUCUGCUGGGAGAUAACCCCUUGAAGAUGUCCUACAUGGUGGGAUACGGUCCAAGGUACCCGCAAAGGAUUCACCACAGGGGCUCAUCACUACCGUCCGUUGCAAAGCACCCAGCCAAGAUCCAAUGCUCCGCAGGCUUUAAUUUCAUGAACUCCCAAUCCCCCAACCCCAACGUUCUGGUAGGUGCAGUCAUCGGUGGGCCAGACCAACAUGACAGGUUCCCAGAUCAACGGUCAGAUUAUGAGCAGUCAGAACCAGCAACGUACAUCAAUGCACCCCUUGUAGGAGCGUUAGCUUACCUUGCUCACUCUUUCGGCCAGCUUUAGGGGGGCCCUACCAGGAACUUAACAGAAUUAGCUAUUUAGGUGUUUGUAAUGUUUUCAUUUUUACUUAAUAUUGAAAAUGUCGAAGUUCUACCAAUAUUCCUCUGGAAAAGGAAGUGCACGAGGCUAAUGUGGUCGAGACCUAAGGCUCGAGCCCCAAACCUUGGAGCACAAAUGUCAAGGAUGGACAGCCUUGUGGGCCUUUUUUUUUCUUUUCUAAUAUACGUUAUUAUUAUUAUCGUUACCAGUUUAUAGCCUCUGGUGAGAGUGCAUAUGGCGUGCCAAGAACGGCGUUUUAUUGUAAUGGCUAGCUCAAGCUAAGGAUUCUGGGCUCCUAAUUAGGAUAUAUUUAGGCCGUUUUGAAACUUGUAAUAUGUCUACUAGCGUUUAUCUUGCGAGAGUUCAAUA